AUGUCAGCCAAGGCCGCUAUAUCAGCUUAUAGGGAAUCGUUGAGGGCGGUUUCCCUUGCCUUCAAAGGUAUGUUUGGCGGUUUCCAAAAGCGUUCAGUGCAAGACUAA